UUUAUUUUUUUUUAACAAAGAAGAAAAAAAGAAUUAAUUUUUUUGUUUAACAAAACAAAUAUAUAAAUAAAUAAAUAAAAUGCAACAAAUGAGUAAAAUAUCACAAAAAUCUAGCACGAUGCUACUGCCAUCUAGUAAACACAUCCUUGCCAUUUUAAUUUUAGUGACAAUAUUCACAACAUCAGUGCAUGCGUGCGGACCGGGUCGGGGUAUCGGUGGACCCCGGAAAAAUCGUAAGCUCACUCCGCUUGUAUUUAAACAACAUGUGCCGAAUAUGUCGGAAAAUACGUUAGGAGCGUCGGGCUUAAAUGAGGGCCGAAUAAAUCGCGACGAUGCGAAAUUUAAGGAUCUAGUACCAAAUUACAAUAGGGAUAUUAUAUUUAAGGAUGAAGAAGGUACUGGCGCUGAUCGUGUUAUGACACAGCGCUGUAAGGAUAAAUUAAAUACAUUAGCUGUGUCUGUGAUGAAUCAAUGGCCUGGUAUAAGAUUACGAGUAACUGAAAGCUGGGAUGAAGAUAAGAGUCAUCGUAACGAAUCAUUGCACUAUGAAGGACGUGCUGUUGAUAUCACAACAUCAGAUCGUGACCGAACAAAGUAUGGAAUGCUUGCGAGGUUGGCCGUGGAGGCUGGCUUCGAUUGGGUUUACUAUGAGAGUCGAGCACAUAUUCAUUGCUCUGUUAAAUCGGAUUCAACUCAAACAAAUCAUAUGAGUGGCUGCUUUACUGGCGAAAGUACUGUCUCAACAUCUACCGGAGAAAGAAAAACCAUGAGUCAACUGCAAGUUGGUGAUGAAGUGCUCAGCAUGACAGCCGACGGUAAUACAGUUUACAGUGAAGUCAUUCUCUUCUUAGACAGAGACAUCGAACGCAUUCAAGAGUUUGUUAAAAUUCAAACAGAUGGCGGUGCUAUCUUAAAAGUUACACCACAACAUUUGGUAAUGGUUUGGAACCCAACUAAAAAACUAAUGAAAUUUGUCUUUGCUGAUCAAAUCGAAGAGGGUGAUUAUGUGUUGGUGAACCGUUUCGGCACAUUGGAACCACAAAAAGUGGUGCACUUGUCAGCGAUAUUGGGCAAGGGCGUUGUGGCGCCCCUCACACGUGAAGGAACGAUAAUUGUGGAUUCUGUGGCAGCAUCAUGUUAUGCUGUCAUCGAUAGUCAAAUGAUGGCGCAUUGGACUUUUGCGCCAUACAGAUUAUUGGCGACGAUGCACCAUUGGUUUGGUGAAACGAAUUCGGUGCAAAAUGGUGUACAUUGGUAUGCGAGAGCAUUAUUUUCAAUUAAAGACACAGUGUUGCCAAGUAGUUGGAUGUAUCACUGACAUUUUUAGGUUAAGAAAAAUUAAAAUAUAUAAAAAAAUUCAUGCACAUAUUUAUACAUAUAUAAAUUAUUUAUUAUUAUUAAUAAUUUUAUUUUAAUUUAGUUAGGUAGUGCGUUGAUGAUAUGAAAAAGGGGGUUAAAAGAAGGGGGGUUGUUGUGUAAAUAAUUAUAUUAUAGUCAGUAAGCAUGACAUCUACCGUUACAAUUAUUAAUCACUCUUCUUUUCUCAAAUUUGUAAAUUAUUUAAAUUAAAUUAAAAAUCAAACUUAGAUGAUUAAAAAAUAAAGUCAUUAAAAAAAAAAAUUGAGUAAAAAUCAUACACACAUAUUUCCUGGCCAGUGUUGCAU